GGCUGGCUUUCGCGCCAUAUUUGAAAUUAUGAUAACUAGAUUAACACUAUGUUAUUCUGGUCAAGAAUUGAAUAUAUACAACGUAUUUAAUUGCUAAAACAGUAAUCAUAUCAUGAGUGACAACCUGGAUACCCUCUUUGAACAAAUUCUGCACUCAGAACAAAGAGCACAAGCCAAAAAAACAUUCUUGAACGAAAUUAAACAGAAGAUACUGAAAUACCAGGAUCAAAUUGAAGGAACAAUAGAUGAGAAAACAUCACUAAAAGGACACAUAUCAGUCAAGUUACAACAGUUGAAACAGAGUGAAGUACAGCUACAUUGUGUUGAAACAAGACAAAAGAUUCUUCACCAACAACUGCAAAAACUCAAAGACCAACUACAUCAUGCUCAAACUGAAUUGCAAAACAAGGUCAGCGACGUUGACGCUGAACUUGAUGCUUUCUGCACAUCUGCGGAUAUCUUCACUCAAGACUUUGACUUAAUGGGAGAGGGUAGGAAGAGCCGAGAGAAGGAGGGAAAGCAGUUGUUGGAACAGCUACAAGGAGAGCAGACAGCACUAGAGACAGAGCUCUCAAGUUUUUUGUCACACCAAGCUGCCAUAGAAGAACUAGAAAAGAACCGAAGUGAAGCCAAGCUCAGAUGCAAGAACACACUAGCAGUAGUUAAAAACUGUGAUGAACAAAUACAGAAAGAGCUUCAAAAGUUUGCUACCCUGGAGGAAGAAAAAGAAAGAGUAAGCCAAAUACCCAAGACAGACCCAGAAUUUCUCAAGUUAUCUGUUGAGCUUGAGAUGCUGAAAGAUGACAGCUUGGAAGGUUUGUGCCAGGCCCUUAAACAGCAGCUACAGCAGUUAAAGCAACAGCAGUGGCAACAGCAGCUGCAUCAACAGCAUAAACAGAGAGUUCUUACACAGGGAAACAAGGUUCCUAAAUUAGUGUCAAGUAGCCAGGCUCCUCAUAGUAACACCAAGUCAGUGCGUAACUUCCAGUUUAAAGCCCGGGGGUUGCACAACGUGAAGGUACCCCAAUGCCAAACACCUAUUGAGGAUGAGGGACAGCCAGGGUUUGUUCCAGCCUCUGCAGUGUUUACUGAAUACCAUUCAAGAACACAAGGUGGAAAAUCACUUAUUGUGAGCAGUACUCAAGAAGAUCUGAAAGGAGAGGCUGUAAAACGGAACAAUGAGUACAGUUCCCAGAAUGGAUAUGGAUCUAUGGAAAAGAAAAGGAAACAAGAUGGGAAUCAUGUUGUCAGUACAAAUGCUAAACCAAAUAAUCCUAAACAGCCAAACAUUCACAAGUUGUCUGAGCGCAUGAAACAGAAAGGUCUCAAUGUUUUCUCAGACUUUGAUGAAGUUAAUGAUGCAGAGGUGUUGUAUUGUGAGUCAGACUCUCCAACAGGUGGCUCUGGUGGAUGUUUUGGCUCUUUGUCACCAGUCGUCAGUAAUAAUGAAAGAACUAAAACAUGUAAGAAUGAAGGGCUCAUUUCUAGCACGAUUCAACCAGGAUUUGGGAAAGAGCCUGCCAAUGAUGACAUUGGGGAUGGACAGAACCAGAAAAAAAGUCAGAUUUAGAUAGACUUGUAACAUUUCUGACAUUUUACAAAAACUAGUCGAAGAGAACUAUCCAUGAGGCACCAGUAUACUGGUAUAGAAAUAUUGAAAAUAUUCUUUUUACCAUAUUCGAGAGAAUGGAGGAGAUAUCCACCGGAAGUGGUGUCCAUAAUCCCAAGAAUUAGUUCUGGACACUUAUUUGAUGUAAAGUUUUGAAUGAAUUUUGAUCUCCAGAUGAAGAUAGAUGGAAACAACAGACUAGAGCGGAUGCUGUCUGGGAUCAUGCGUAUAUGGGGAAUACAUGUUCUUCCUGUACAUAUCCAUGAUAUCUGUUUGACUAGAUAUCCAGUUUUCUCUACAUAUACAUUUCAAUGUUAAUACCCUCUGUAUCAAAAGUCUUUUCCUAUUUAGGAAAACCUCAAAUAACUUUCGUAAAUGGCAAGUAAACGUGAUAAGACUUUUCAUACAUAAUUUAAGGCAUAAUACACCUUCUGUGUAAAUUUGGAGACAGUUGAUUAAUUUUUACUCAAAAUAUCACAUUUAGAACAUAGCAUAUACCU